AAUGAUAGGUGGCACUGAUUGGCAUUGAUAGGUAGCAGUGACUGGCACUGAUGGGUGACAUUGAAAGGCAGCUCAGAUGGGCACUGAUAUGUGGCAUUGAUGUGCAUUGGUAUGCACUGAUAAGUGGCAUUGAUGUGGCACUGGCACGUGGCACUGAUGGGCUCUGGCACGUGGCACUGAUGAGCACUGACAGGUGGCACUUCUGGGGCCACGCUGAUCAUCAGGGCACACUGAUCAUCACUGUCAGCGUGACAGCUCGAGAGGAGUGAAAUGCCAAUAACCGGCAUU